AUGAAAACAAGCCAAGCAGCAGAAGCAGCAGCAGCAGCAGCAGCAGCAUCAGCAAGACACCUGCAACACCUGGAAGAACCGCAGCAACAACUCAGCAGCAGCAGCAGCAGCAGCAGCAGCAGCAGCAGCAGCAGCAAGAACAAUAGCAACAAGCCACCCGCAUCAGCAACAGUAGCAGCAGCAGCAGCACCACCACCACCAGCAUCAGCAGCAGCAGCAGCACCCACACCACCACCACCACCACCAUCAGCAGCAGCAGCAGCAGCAGCAGCAGCAGCAGCAGCAGCAGCAGCAGCAGCAGCAGCACCUUGUUUGUGUUUGUCCGCAUAUUGA